AUGUCUUCUCAAAUGGACAAGCAACUCCCUCCGCAACACCCUCCUGCGUCACUACCUGUCGAAUCUGAAUCCGAGUCAGAAAAACAGGUAGCCGAUCAACCAGCGAUACCUCCCCCUCCGCCAAAUGGAGGACUUACAGCAUGGCUUCAGGUAGCGGGUGCUUUCUUCCUGUUUUUCAAUUCUUGGGGCAUUGUCAACACAUUCGGCGUCUACCAGAGCUACUAUGAGGAGACUCUUCUCCCUGGGUACUCCGCAUCCUCAAUCUCUUGGAUUGGUACGAUACAAGGAUUUCUGCUCUUCAUCGUUGGAGUGGUUGUCGGCCCCGUUUUCGACAAGGGCUAUCUGAAGACCCUCAUCGCUAUUGGCUCAUUCCUAGUUGUAUUUGGUCUGAUGAUGACAUCCUUGUCAACCGAAUAUUACCAGAUCUUCUUAGCCCAUGGUGUCGCUGUGGGAACUGGUUGCGCAUUUUUGUUCCUUCCUAGUGUCGCUAUCGUGGCCACCUACUUUACAUCGCGGAGAGCAGUGGCCACAGGCAUAACCGCUUCUGGAGGUAGCAUCGGCUCGGUGAUUUUCCCUGUCGUGUUUCAUAAGCUGAUUGGCCCUCUUGGUUUCGGCUGGACGACCCGUGUCAUCGCGUUUAUUGCCCUCGGCGGACUACUAUUUUCUCUAGCCGUGAUGAAAAUGCGCCUGCCACCUCCGAAGCAGACGCGAAAGCUCAUCGACACGAGCGCAUUCAAAGAAUCGCCCUUUAUUGUGCUCAGUCUGGCACUGUUUUUCGCCUUUAUUGGCUUAUACUUCCCCUUCUUUUACCUUCCCACCUUCUUCACAACCUACCUCCAUUCGAACGAAAACAUUGCCUUCUACAGCGUCGCAAUUCUCAACGCUGCCUCCGUGUUUGGCCGCAUCACGCCCGGCCUACUCGCCGAUCGUAUCGGCUCCCUCAACACCAUCGUCCCAAUUAGCUUGAUAGCUACUGUCUUAGCUUUCGCGUGGAUAGGCAUCAGGAACCAGGCUGGAACUAUCGUCUUCGCUAUAAUCUACGGGUAUGCAUCUGGUGCAAUUGUCUCAUUACCCCCGACUAUCGUCGCGAAGAUAACCCCGAAUAUGAGUAUUGUGGGGACCCGAAUGGGAAUGUGCUUUACCUUUGCUGGCUUGGGGCUGCUGAUUGGUAACCCCAUUGCGGGCGCUUUGUUGGAUCUGGAGCAUGCUGUCUUUUGGAAGGCGCAACUUUUCACUGCUAUGACGGUCGUGACUGGUGCGGCUCUUUUCAUUGUGUUGAGGUUCAUUAAGUGGAGGCACGGCGAAGGGUGGAAAAUCUAG